AUGUACCCUACCCUCCUACAACCGUCUUUAUCUCAGAUGUACCCUACCAUCCUACAACCGUCUUUAUCUCAGAUGUAUACUACCAUCCUACAACCGUCUUUAUCUCAGAUGUAUCCUACCAUCCUACAACCGUCUUUAUGUCAGAUGUACCCUACCCUCCUACAACCGUCUUUAUCUCAGAUGUAUCCUACCAUCCUACAACCGUCUUUAUCUCAGAUGUAUCCUACCAUCCUACAACCGUCUUUAUCUCAGAUGUAUCCUACCAUCCUACAACCGUCUUUAUCUCAGAUGUAUCCUACCCUCCUACAACCGUCUUUAUCUCAGAUGUAUCCUACCAUCCUACAACCGUCUUUAUGUCAGAUGUAUCCUAUCCUCCUACAACCGUCUUUAUCUCAGAUGUAUCCUACCAUCCUACAACCGUCUUUAUGUCAGAUGUAUCCUACCCUCCUACAACCGUCUUUAUCUCAGAUGGUUCCUCAGAGAUGGGAGGGUUCAUCUGGGAUAGGAGGUUUCCUCAGUGAUGAGAUGGGUACUCAGGAACGAGAGGGUUCCUCACGAAAGGGAGGGUUCCUGAGUAAUGAGAGGGUUUCUGAAUGA